CAUGCCAAUCAACAACAUUCAUAAAACAGCAACCCCAUUUUUAGGAGCAGCAGCAGCGCAGCAGCUACACUUGCAACACCCACCACAAAAUCCCCUCCAUUUCUCCGACCAAAUCAUCACCUGCGCCACCGACGGCGGCUGAGCGAAGAAGAACACCAGCUCUGCGUCUGCCUGACUCAAUUUCGGCGACGCACGGUUCUGAUUUGAAGAAAUUGAAGAUGUUCUGAAAUUCAAUAAGAUUUGAAGUGUUUCGGUGCUGUUUUUGUUGUUUGGAUUCGAUUUCGUUGUCAAUUUAGAGGAUUUGUGGUGCGUGGUGGUUUGGAUUCGAAAUCCCUAAUUUUUUAAUCUGAUUUGGGGGAAGGAAGGAGUGAAGAACAAACACUACGUCUACGUCUCGAAUUGCUCUCUGGCUCAAUUUCGGCGAAGUGCAAUUUUGAUUUGAAGGAAUUGAAGAUGAGAAUGGUUUUGAUCUGAAAUUCAAUCCGAUUUGAAGUGUUUUUGGUCCUGUUUUUGUUGUUUGAAUUCGAUUUCGUUGUAGAUUUAAAGUAUUUUUGGGUGGUUUGGAUUCGAAAUCCCUAAUUUCUUAUCUGAUUUGGGGGUAACAAAGAAAAAAGAGUGAAGAAUAGUAGAACACUACAUCUGCGUCUCGAAUCGCUGUCUGACUCAUUUCGGCUGAUUACGGUUUCGAUUUGAAGAAAUUGAAGAUGAAGAUGGCUUUGAUCUGAAAUUCAAUCCGAUUUGAAGCACUUUGAUACUGUUUUCGUUGUCCGAAUUCGAUUUCGUUGCAGAUUUAGGGGUGUAGUUUGGAUUCGAAAUCCCUAAUCCUGUGUUUCCGAUUUGGGGGAAAUUGAAGAACAACAACUAUGAGGGAGGAUUCGAAUUGGUUCGCGAAAUGGGAAGAGGAAUUGCCGUCGCCGGAGGAAUUGAUGCCGUUAUCCCAAUCGUUGAUCACUCCUGAUUUAGCCCUAGCUUUCAAUCUCCCAAAUCCGCAUCAGAUCCACCGCCGGAAUCCCCCAACCACCUCCGGCCUCCACUUCCCGCCGCCGCAGUCCUCUGCCGAAUUCGAUUCGCCGGAGAUGAGCUCCGGCGGCGGCGGCGGAGGCGGUGACAACGAGCCGGCGAGGACACUGAAGCGUCCCCGCCUCGUCUGGACGCCACAGCUGCACAAGCGGUUCGUCGACGCCGUCGCACAUUUAGGGAUUAAGAACGCUGUCCCGAAGACGAUUAUGCAGCUGAUGAGCGUCGACGGGCUGACAAGAGAAAACGUCGCCAGCCAUUUGCAGAAAUACCGGUUGUACUUGAAGCGUAUACAGGGGAUUUCCGGAGGCGGCGCUGCCCUGGCCGGAACAUCUGAUCCUGCCACAGACCACUUGUUUGCUAGCUCCCCGGUCCCGGCACAUUUCCUCCACCCCAACCGUCCGAGUUCCGAGCAUUUCUUGCCAUAUCUACCGGUGGCUGCUCCGCCGCAGCACCACCACCCGAUGGCGGCGGUGGUGCAGCACCAGUUUAGGCACUUUGGUAAUUCGGGGAUGAACGGGCAAUUCGAUCAUUCGGCAGUGAGGCAAUCUCAGCAGAGGAUGGGGAACGAGAAUUCGUCUCCUUAUGUCGAGAAUUUGGAGGCAAAUGAGACCAAAGUUCUUACGCUCUUCCCGACCGGAGAUGAUUGAAGUUCGAAUGCUUUGAGGAAGGUCGCAACAACGGGAAUGGAUGCUGCAUUGCGAGACUGCUCAUUGGGUACGAUCCUUGUCGAUGCCUUCUUCUAUUUUCCGAUGUUUUCUUGCUUAAAUGAUCGAUCUUGCAAGCGCCUCGAGCUGCUAGUCUCGCUAGAGCUUGAUAUUUAGAGAUUAUUGUAGUCGAUUGGUUUGACCUGUUGAUCCAAAAAAUACUCCAUUCUUGAGGCGAGUCGAGUUGAGUUGAGCACAUCAAUUGGCUCGAUUCUUCGCCUAUUUGAAGGAAUCAAGGCCCAAUAUUUUAUAGUUUCA